GCAAUGCCGCCGCUCUACUCCAACCUGCAGCCCGAUGCGCGCGACUCGCUCGAACUAGCUUCUCUCGCGAGUUCCAGCCCCAGCGAGGCCACGACCGAGACAGACUCGCGACCGAGCAUCUCGUCGUCGCGGCGCGCCUCCCUCGAGCGGGACGACCCGCUGGACAGCGCCAAGCCCGCCUCAUUUCGCGGCGGCCGGCCCGAGAACCACGCGCGCACCUUCUCCUCCGUGUCCUCGACCUUCGAGUUCGCGCACAACCUCUUCCCGCUCUCCUCCACCGCCGCUGCCGGAUAUGCCCCGCUCGGCGCCCCGACGUCGGCGACUCUGGCGAGCGGCGGGUUUGGGGCCGGCUCGCUUGAGAAGCACAAGACGCUGACGUAUCUGAAUGGCUUGUCGCUCAUUGUCGGGCUGAUUAUUGGGUCUGGCAUCUUCUCGUCACCGAGCCAGGUCAACGUGAACGCCGGGUCCCCUGGGGCGGCGUUGAUCAUCUGGGUUUUCGCGGGCGUUCUGGCGUGGACGGGCGCGGCGAGCUACGCGGAGCUGGGCGGAGCAAUACCGCUCAAUGGAGGAGCGCAAAUAUAUCUCUCCAAGAUAUUCGGAGAGCUGGCGGGGUUCCUGUUCACGUGGGUUGCGGUGCUGGUGUUGAAGCCCGGCGGGAACGCCAUCGUCGCCAUCAUCAUGGGCGAGUACCUGGUGAGGGCCUUCAUUGGGCCUGAGGCGGAGACGGUCAGUCCGUGGAUCAACAAAGCGGUUGCGCUGGUGGGGUUGUUCCUCGUCACAUUUCUGAACUGCGUCUCGACCCGGCUAGGGACCCGGAUCAACGACAUGCUCAUGUUUUUGAAGUUUGUCGCAUUGCUUGGCGUUACGGUUAUAGGGAUUGUGGUUGCUAUUACGGGAUACACAUUUUCGGGCACGGCGAACACGGACUGGAAGAAUCAUGCUUGGUUCGAGGGCACCAAGAUGGACCCAUCGGCCUGGGCUGUGGCGCUAUACGCAGGCUUGUGGGCUUUUGACGGAUGGGAUAAUACCAACUACGUAGUGGGCGAAUUCCGCAACCCGAGCCGCGACCUCCCGCGCGUAAUCCACACCGCCAUGCCCCUCGUCAUCAUCAGCUACAUCCUCGCCAACAUCGCCUACUUUUUCGUCCUGCCGUUUGACACCAUCAACUCAUCCAACACAGUCGCCGUCACCUUUGGCGCCAAGGUCUUCGGGCCGGCCGGCUCGCUAGUACUAGCGCUGAUCGUAUCAGCCUCAUGCUUUGGCGCGCUCAACUCGUCAACCUUCACCUCGAGCCGCCUCGUCUACGUGGCCGGCAAAGAAGGCUACAUCCCGUCCUUCUUUGGCCGACUAGGAACAGGAACCGGCACCGAGGAACCACUAGCCAUUUCCACCUCAACGAUCCGCACCCGCUCCUGGCUCACCAAGAAACUCGCUUCGCUAUUCGGCGACGAGGACACGGGCCUCUUCUUCACGCCCAUCCCGGCCCUCGCGCUCAACGCCUCGCUGACGGCCGCCUACUGCCUCGUCGGCGAGUUUUCGACUCUCGUGACCUUUUACGGCGUGGCCGGCUACACGUUUUACUUCAUCACGGUGCUCGGGCUCAUCGUCCUGCGCGUGCGUGAGCCCAACCUUGAGCGUCCCUACCGGGCGUGGAUUUCGACGCCCAUCAUCUUCUGCUGCGUCAGCCUGUUCCUGCUGAGCAGGGCCGUCUUUGCCCAGCCGCUGCAGACGCUGAUCGUCGUGGGCUUCGUGGUCGCCGGCGUGCCCGUGUAUUACCUCCGCCGGGUGCGGGUUCAGAGGGCGAGGAAUCACCUCGUCAAAAGGGAGGCGAGCGAGGGCGGGGACGGGAGCGGGAGGUGGUGGAAAUUCUGGCGUUGGGGGAGGGGUAGGUGA